AGAUGUUUCUUCAAUCAAGAAAAAACAGUUAAAAAAGAUGCGUAUAAGAGUAAGAUUUACUCCAAAGAGAAGAGUGAGGACAUACUCUUCCAGUGAGCAUGAAGAGACAGAAGAGUCAGAGGAAGAAAUGGAUAUUAAAGAGGAAGAUGUAAAUCCUCCAUUGCUCCAACCCACUAGGAGAUCAUCUCGAGCCGUAAAGAAAUCGACUUAUUGUGAAGCUUCGUCCGAUGAGGAGGAAAAGGUUGAAAAGAAACGCAAAGUUCCCUCAAAAUACAAAGCAAAGAAAAAGAAGAAAGUUGAUGAUGAUGAUGAAUACAAACUAUCCGAGCACUCCGAAGAUGACAAGGAAGAAAUGCUUAGUAAUGAUGAGUCUGCACAAAAUAAAUCACGUGGUUCAGAUGAGGAAGGAGAAGUUGGUCCAUCUGAUAUCAACAUUGACGAAUUACUGGAGAAUAAAUUUUAUCGUCCUGAUCAAAAGUCAGUAGUUGAAGCUGUGGAAGAUAUUGGUGGUAUCAGAUAUUUCAACGAUCAAAUGGUGAAUCCGGCCCAACCUAAAUUACUAUGCGGUGGUAUGCUGCGUGAUUACCAAAUUACUGGCUACCAGUGGCUCAAGAUAAUGUAUGAGAAUGGUGAAAGUGGAAUACUUGCUGAUGAGAUGGGACUUGGUAAAACUAUUCAAGCGAUCGCAAUGGUGUGUAAGCUGGUUGAGGUUGGUGUGAAUGGUCCGUUUCUGGUGUGUGCACCAACCACUACUGUUGCCAACUGGUUUAAUGAGUUCAAAAAGUUUGCACCAAAGAUUAGUUUAAUGUUGUACCACGGAACGGCACCAGAGCGAUACCAUCUUAUUGAAACAUUAAUGGAGCAUUUGAACGACAAAACACAAGUCGUUGUCAUCACUUCAUAUGAAAUUUUGUUAAGAGAUCGACCUGCUUUGAUGAAACACAGCUGGGGGUAUUUAAUCUUGGACGAAGGCCAUCGGGUGAAAAACUCAAACAGCAGAACCAUAAAAGAACUUAAGAAAUUAACGAUACGUGGUAAGCUGAUGUUAACGGGCACACCAAUACAAAAUAACCUCACAGAAUUGUGGUCACUUCUUAAUUUCUUGUUACCAGCAGUGUUUGAUGAUAUGGCCAUUUUUCGAAGCUGGUUUAACUUAGAUGUUCUUCAGAAAGAUGAGAAAGUAUUAUCCAUGUUACACCAGGUAUUAACACCAUUUCUGUUGCGAAGAUCGAAAAGUGAUGUUGACAUCAAGAUUCCUCCAAAGAGAGAAAUGCUGGUCAUGGCUCCUCUCGCUUGCCUCCAGGAGAAGUUUUAUCGAGCAACAGUCGAUCGCUCGAUUCGUCAUCUUUUGAUCAACAAAGAUUAUUUCAACAUCACACCUGGUGUAGCUCAUCCUGAUCUUAUUGCAAGUAAUAGUCAAGAAAUGAAAGAUGAAACUUCACUUAAAUAUCCAACUACCAGAAGUAAAACAAUUGGAUCCAUGAAGCGAACAAUUGAACCAGAUGAUGAUUUUGUUGUCAACGUAACUUUAAACAACAUGAUCAUGCAGCUUCGUAAAUGUUGUAAUCAUCCUUACCUUAUUCAAUACCCCCUGCAACCAGGAACUGACAUUUUUAAGGUUGAUGAAGAUCUAAUAACAUCUUGUGGGAAGAUGAUGUUGCUGGAUCGGAUGUUGCCAGUUUUGAAAGAAAGGAAACAUAAGGUUCUUUUGUUCAGUCAGAUGACAUCAAUGCUUGAUGUUUUGCAAGAUUAUUGUGUUAUGAGGAAGUUUUCCUUUGUGAGGUUUGAUGGCUCCACUAAAUGUGAAGACAGAUUUGCUUAUAUCGAGGAGUUUAAUAAUGACCCCAAUGUGUUCCUCUUCCUUCUUUCAACAAGAGCUGGAGGAUUAGGGAUCAACCUCACUGGAGCUGACACCGUGAUCAUCUAUGACUCAGAUUGGAACCCUCAGAAUGACUCACAAGCACAAGAUCGAUGUCAUCGUAUUGGGCAGGAACGACCAGUGAUGGUGUAUAGGAUGGUUACCAUGGCAACCAUUGAUCAGCAAAUUAUGGAGAGAGCAGCGAGGAAGAGAACAAUGGAGAAAAUGAUCAUGCACGAGGAUAAAUUCAAAGGCAAACUGGCAAUGGAGUUGAACAAAGUUGUUUCACCAGAUGAACUUCUCACUUUGCUACAAUCUAAUUCUCUGGAUCGUGUGGCAGAAAACAAAGAAAGUAUUAUAAGUGAUGAAGAAUUAAAUCAAAUGCUGGAUCGUUCAAGUUUAAAACAGGACCAACCAACUAUGGAGGAUGAAUCACAUCAAUCUACUAUUACAGAUUCUCCUAAAGCCAGAUUUCAAAUUAUUCGCACAACUGUAGAUACCAUUUCUGUUUAAUUAACUCUGUUUUGUGUUUCCACGGUACUUUUUGUAUUUUCUUUGUUCUUUAAACAAUUAACUUGAACAAGUUUUUUAUUUGCAGAUUUUUGUUUCUUGUGACAUCGAAUCACUUAUUUUAACAGAGUUUAUAUUGUUCUUUUCAAAAUGUUAUUUUUAGAUUUAUUUAUGUUGUUUCAGAGAAAUAUUAUACAAAUGUAAAACACAAAAUAGUGUAGAUACUUGUUUUCGCAACAAAGAAAGUGGUUAGGUCUGGAAAAUUUACAUUUUUGGCCCCACAGUACAGGGCAUCGGGAUUGUAAAAUUUGCACCUAACUCGGAAUACGCAUUACGUUUGAAUAUACUUUACGGAUUCAUGAAAUAUUUGCCUGCGAUAUGCGUAUACA